CCGAAAAUUAAUUAUCAACUUUUUGGAAUUUUUAUUUUUUUUUAACUUUAGCUGUGGCAACGUCAAAAUGUAUGCCACUUCAUUGAAAAUUUUCCGCGGUAGGUAUUAGGCGAAUAUAUUUCUGAAAUAUUACAUUCAGCAACCAUUUAAGCAUCAUAGAACAAUGAAACAUUUUUGAAUAAUUUUUUCCUUUUUUUCAAAAACCUCUUUCAUCUUUAAGACGCCAUAAAAACAAUUUAUGACGAGCAGCAAAUCUCAUGCGCCUUGUUGUCAAGGUCAUUGCUAUUGUACUGUGCUAUAAAUAUUUCCACUUCAUUCGGCUACACAACAAAGUUUCCAAUAUUGUUUUACGAAAAUUUCGAAAAUACAAAAUUAAGAAAAAAAAGAAUCAAAAGAAAGGAGAAAAAACCGCGCGCCUCCUUAUCUACAGAAACUCAAUGAAAAGCGCUCCAAAUGGACAAGCCGACUACGAUCGCAGUGCCCAAGAAGCUACCAGCACCAAUCAAAGCAGAAUUAAAGCAAGUUAAGUCGGUAAAAAUGAUAUGUUAUCAAAUCAUGAAACAAUUAAAAGUAGAACCAGCCAAGGAAUCACCAAACCAUUCAAAAGCAGAGCCAGUCAAGGAAUCACCGAAAUUUUUCAAAAUUGCGCAAGCCAAGGAGUCACAGAAAUGCUCAAAAGUAGAGCAGUCGAAGCCAAAAGUAGCUUAUCAGAUGACAACAUCGGAUUUAAAAGAGGAAUACAACAGAGCUUUCUAUAAAGACAAUGAGUUGAUAACACCGAUUAUACAACCCUUUUAUACUAAGCAAAAUAUAAGAAAGUUCCCCUACAUAAGUGACGAAGAGAAGAAGCAAUAUGAUUGUAUAGACAAUUACCUACAAGUGGUGGAUCUUUGUACAGAAAUUUCCAAAGAAGAGAAAAUGGUUGAUCAGAGUGUUAUCGAUCGAAUGCGAGCCAUUGCAGAAAAGCAAUACGAAGUAUAUGCUGAAUUGAAAAGAAAAAUGAACAUGGAUACAGCCUGCCAUUAUGAAAGAGAAUUAACUGGCGAUCUAAAUAUAGAGAAGAAUGUGGAUGAAGAUAAAGCUCAAGCACUAAUAUGUAGGUUCAAAUGGUAAAAUAAUAUCGCGUUCCAUUUCUUCUGGCACCGCUUCAAACUAACUUUAAAUGCUUUGUGACAAUAAUUAAAAAAAAAAAUAAAAUUAUUAUUAAAUUAA